ACGGGUUCAACGUCAAUUUAAUGGCGGUGUGUGACGAUCAGAAUUUGUUUGGAUAUACGCUCGUGUGCAGUGUUCGUUUUUUGUAAAAUUAAUCUGCAAAUCUGAAAUUUUCCGUACAAAAUGUCCGCUAUGGAGAAUCGGGACGAAGUUCUACAAAUGCUCGAGCGGUUUACGAGACUGAAACAAAAGGAAAUCCCCCGGGAACUCGAAGACUAUUUGAGCUUUGUCGCUCGUACCGGCGAUACGGUUUAUCCAUGGCCAGCGGUGAAGUAUUUCUUCCGGACCAAGCUGAGUCUUGUCAUAAUGGAUUUCCACGAUAAUACACCGAGCAUUGCUGAUUUGCCACAGUGCCCGAAUGUUGAUCCAUUCUGUUACGAUCGUAUGAGGCGGACCUUGCUGAGUCGGAUGGAUUCGUUCAACUCUGCUCCCUUCACCAUACAGCGGAUCUGCGAACUGCUGAAUGAACCACGGAAGCACUACACCAGAAUCGACAAGUUCAUGAGGGCGGUCGAGAAGAACAUUCUUGUGGUCAGCACACAGGAACCCGGCCGGAGAAGAUCCGACAGCGAAAACGGUGAUUCACUGGAUUCCAUUGUCAACGGAGACCUGGAGGUGAAUGUUGAUAUCGAGAUGGAUAACGAAGCAUUCGGUAUCGAUUCUAAUGAGAUGGUUACAAAUGCGGCAGCAGCAACAACGGAAGCGGUGAUACCGCCUAUCACAACUCCGGCGAGUGCAGAUGAAGUACCCCCGAUGGAAUCGUCUGAAGAGCAGGAACAGGAAACAGAAAACCACGAACCAGAAACCGUUCCGGAAAUAGCUCUCACCGACAAUGGAGUUGAAGUGGAGGAAAUCAACGACGCGAAGACGGAAGAGGCCUUGCCAAAGGAAGUCAAAGAAAGCGAUAAGUCUUCCGCAACCGAGGAAGAAGCAUCCGAUCAAACAGAAAAGCUUCUGUAUUCCGAUGAAGUGGAACCGGCUUCACCCGAAGCUUGCGCUUUGGAUUCCAAAGAAGAACCACUUUCCAAUGUGGUCGAAGCAGUCGGAACCGAUGUUCUUGAUCAGAAAGAACGGAACGAAGCUCCAGCCCAGGAAUCUCACGAUACUAGCAAACCAACAGCAACUGAGAAGCCACCCAAUGCUAUUGCACCGGAAACCGACAACGAUUCCAUAGAUGACGGAGAACCUAAAGCUAAAAUGGCCAAACUGUCCCAAGAACAGCCGGAGAGCGAAACGGCAGACCUAAAGGCCACCACAGUUCCUGCGGAGAAAUCACCUGCGGAUCCUGAUAAAGACACAGUUAGUUCCGAAUCCACAACGGACUCCAACGGAAGUAGCGUUGAAUACGUUGACUGCAGCAACUCACCUGAGGAACGAACCGAAACCGGCGUAGUUUUACUUUCCUCCUCCUCUGAAUCAAUCGUAAACAUCGUCGCCAUUUCUUCCGACGAGAUCUCUGAAUCCGGAGAAAUUUUACCUUCCCCUUCCCCUGAUACAACCCUGUCGGAAUCCAGUUCUGUUAACACAGUGGGGAAUCCAGUACCAUCAGCAGAACAAGAAAAGCAAGUGGAGCUGGAACGGCCAGCGAAACAGACUACUACUACCGAUGAACCACAAACCACAGAGCAAACUUCAGAAGCACCCAGCGAACCAGCAACAGCCGUAGAACCCGUGGUCUCCAUCGCGAAGGAGAAUGAGGAAACGGUCGUCAAGCGCAUCAACCUGGAAGCCAACCCACCUUCAACAAAUGAAUCGGAACAACCUGCGGCACCACGAGUGAACUCAGACGAUAUGGAAACGCUUUCGUCUGUGGUGUCGGAAAAUGUGAUGGCUACCGACGAAGAGGAACAGCCACAGCCGGGUGCAGUCGAUGCGGCGGUUCCCAUGGCGGCAGAUGCAUCCGAAACGGCCAAACCGGACGAGAACGCCAUGGACAUUGACGAAUCCAGCGUGGAACCGAUGGAUCAGUAAGACGCGAUAGCUUCAGUGUUCACCCACAGGUUUAGAUGUUAGUACUACACUCCAUACCCUUAUCUAUAAAUUUUAUGUAACUGCUGUCAGCAGCUAUAUAGACAAACGAGGAAAACAAACCCCCGACCAGGAACCUGCUGUAAGUAUUCUAAAUGUGACACAAACUUCAAAUGUAAAACAAGUUAAAGUUAAUAAACAAUUGGUAAGUACUCACCUGA